UUGUUUGCAACUUCUUUACUCUAAAGCGUGGUUUGUUGUCUUUCAUUCGAAAUAUUAGAAAUUGGUCUAGAGCUAAUCGAAAUGCCUAUCAUGGAACCGAAAAGGAAAGCAGAUGACGUGGCUCUGGUCCCGGUGAAAAAGUCAAGAACUGAUAUAGUUGCUGUACCAGGAUCAAGGCAACAGUCUCUUGUCGAAGCGGGGCCGCCAAGAACGUCAAGUUUGUUGGCACCGAUAAUGCUGUUAACAGGACAUGAAGGGGAAAUAUUCUCAUGUAAAUUCUCACCAGAUGGUAACACAUUAGCAUCAGCUGGCUAUGAUAGACUUAUACAUCUUUGGAAUGUCUAUGGUGAAUGUGAAAAUUUUGCUCUUUUUAAAGGCCACACAGGAGCUGUUAUGGAAUUGAAUUUUUCAACAGAUGGAAGUACACUAUUCACAGCAUCGACAGACAAAACCAUUGCAUUGUGGGAUAUGCAAACUGGAGGAAGAAUAAAGAAGUUAAGGGGUCACACUUCAUUUGUCAAUUCCUGCCAUUCAACAAGAAGAGGUGUUCAGUUGGUUGUCAGUGGCAGUGAUGAUGGCACAAUCAAGCUUUGGGACACCAGAAAGAAAGGAGCAAUAGAAACAUUCCAGAACACAUACCAAGUAACAGCUGUUUCAUUUAAUGAUACCAGUAAUCAAGUUAUAUCAGGUGGUAUUGAUAAUGAUCUCAAGGUUUGGGAUUUAAGAAAAAACGAUAUAGUUUACAAGAUGCGUGGACAUUCUGACACAAUAACAGGCAUGGAGUUGAGUCCUGAUGGUUCGUACAUUGUAACAAAUGCCAUGGACAAUACAGUGAGAAUUUGGGAUGUCAGACCGUUUGCACCACAAGAAAGAUGUGUGAAACUGUUCCAGGGUGCUCAACACAAUUUUGAGAAGAAUUUAUUACGAUGUAGCUGGUCUUCAGAUGGAAGUAAGAUAGCAUCAGGUUCAGCUGAUAGAUUUGUAUAUGUAUGGGAUACCACAACAAGACGAAUACUUUAUAAACUUCCAGGACAUAAUGGUUCAGUUAAUGAGGUUGAUUUCCAUCCACAAGAACCUGUAGUUGCUUCAUGCGCCAGUGAUAAAAAGAUCUAUCUUGGAGAAAUUCAACCAUGACCUAAUUCAAUGCUUCACUGCCAUCACUGUACAGUAAAGUUAACAUUUUUAUUUUUUAAUAUUCAUCAAGUACUGGUAUUUUCCAGCCCGCUGCGGUUGAUCUGUGAACUGAACAAGAAAUGUAACUCUUAUUUGAUACAUUAGUCUGUCACCUCAAGUUUUAUGUCACAUUUGCAAUAAAGUACUAGUAUAUCACAAACACUAAAA